GCCACAGCCUCUUGAAUCUAAGGCCAAUUCUUGUUUUGAUGAGACAGUACCUUCAGUUCCAUGUCCUCUCCCAAACCUGGUCCCCAUGUUGCUGAGGCUCCUGCUGCUGAUCUGUGCUCCACUCUGCGAAUCAAUUGAACUGUUACUGAUAGUCAGCCCCUCUCCACCCAUAGAGGGGAAAACAAUGACCCUGACUUGUAAGACCCAGCCCCCUCCACAGAAGUUGGAUGCCAAGCUCCAGUUCCGCUUCUACAGAGAUGGUCGGCCCCUAGGGCUGGACUCGAAUAGCCUCCCGGAAUUCCGGAUUCCUGCCGUGCGGAAGGCAGACUCAGGGUCCUACUGGUGUGAAGCAAAGAUAACAUCUAUCAAAUUCAAAUUGAGCCGAAGAGUCCAGAUAGCAGUUCACAGAGUCCCUGUUGGUAACGUGAGCUUGGAGAUACAACCUCCAGGUGGACACCUGAUGGAGGGAGAGAAGCUGGUUCUUGUGUGUUUGGUCACUGGGGGCACAGGAGAUAUCGUCUUCUACUGGUACAGAGGUGCCCGGGGUUUAAGCCUGAAAACGAAGACCCAGCGUUCAAUGAUGGCAACAUGUGAGAUUCCUGCAGUGAGAGAGAGGGACUCUGGCCAGUAUUACUGUACAGCUGACAAUGGCUAUGGCCCCAGCCUCAGUGAGCUAGUGAGCAUCACUGUCAGAAUUCCAGUGUCUCGCCCUGUCCUCACCCUCAGGGCUCCUGGGGCCCAGCUGGUGGUGGGGCACAUGGUGGAACUUCACUGUGAAGCCCAGAGAGGCUCUCCGCCGAUCCUGUACCAGUUUUAUCAUGAAAAUGUCACCCUUGGGAACAGUUCAGCCUCCUUUGGAGGAGGAGUGUCCUUCAACCUCUCUCUGACUGCAGAAGAUUCUGGAAACUACUACUGCGAGGCCAACAAUGGCCAGGUGGCCCAGCGCAGUGAGGUGGUACCACUCAACAUCAAAGUUCAUAUGGAAGACAGAAAUGAAGUUCUUACUUCAGGAAUCAUUGAGUUGCUGCUUGGCAUCCUUGCUCCCACCACUUUGGCCAUAUUAUUUUGCUUCUGGCUCAAGAGAAAAAUAGGCAGACGUACAGCCAAGGAUGCAGUCAGGAGCAUUCCCAAUCCUGUACCCCAAGAAUCCAACUACUUCAACUCACAAGCCCCAGAGGAACUACACCCUGACUAUGAAAAUGUGAAUAUUGUAAGCGGGGAUGAGGUUUAUUCUUUGGUGUACCGUGUGCAACAGGAACAGCCGUCAGCAGCAGAAUCACCCCCGGGGAUACAUCCUGGGGAUACGGACCCCUCAGCCAUAUAUUCCAGGCUGAAGAAGGCAGAUCUUACAGAUAUGGACUAUGACGAUGUUAUGUAGAGUUACAGAAGAUUCUGCUCUUGGAAAACCAUCCAUGACUCCAAACCUCAGAACUAUUAUGUCCUUCAGAGAUCCUGGGAGAAUUAGCAUUCCAGUACACCUCAUCCAGGUGCUUUCCUCCAUAAAACUAUUUCUGCAUCUACUGUGAAGUGCAGUUUGCUCAAGCUUUGACGAGAUCAUCUAGAAGAACCAACCCGAACUCAGAAGUGGGAAAAACUGUGUUAUUAGAACUUGAUUCCUAUUAGUUCUUUCAGGUACAGAUCAAACUCUGCUCUAAAUUCUCUCUCUGUAAGUGGAAGCAGGAUGGGAAUAUAAGAACUUGAGAUCUUGGGGGUAGUGAGACAGUGAAGCUUAGAGUGCAUGAACCCAAGGUUAGUGAUUUUUGUGGGACUGCUCCAUACAGAGAGAUGCAUCAAUAUUUUUUUUUUUUUGCAAGGGCUUUCUCUGGGCAAACAGUACAGUGCUCUAGCCAUGUUUCUUAGAUUGAUCAUCCUGUUCCUCCAUAAAAUAUGUGAUUCAGUGAAUUUGGGGGUCACUAUUACCAAACUAGAAUUAAAUCAAAGUUACACAAAAUUCUGUUGUGGUUGCAUUCAGUUUUAAUGACAUAUUUUAUAUGCACAAGCCAAUCUAGAUGCCGCCAUGUUUAUAAUGAGAUAUAGUCUUUGUAAGUUUCACUGCAUCCACAGUUCUAUAUUUGUUGCAGCUUCUAGAAGUUUUAGGAAUAUGUUUUCUUCCUUAAUUCAUGCCUUUUUUUGGAAAUGUGAUAAUAUGGUUUGAAGUCCAUAUUUUAAUUUUAAAACAAUCAUAAGCUAACACACAAAUUAAAACGUUUGAAAAGUAUAUAAUGUAAAAGUUAAAGUCUUCGCUAUAAGUUAACACCACAAGUGGUACCCAUUGUUAAAAGCUUAGCAUUGUUAAAAUCUUAACUCUGAAGGUACGUUUCUAUUUUUUUGUAGUAACACUUCUACGUACAUGUGAAUAUAUUUAGAAGUAUAUAUAUUUAAUAAAAUACCAUGAAAUAUU